UGGCAAUAUGGGGCCGAUUGCACGAAGCGUCUUCGCAAGGACCGUCUUUCGUGUCGCCAAUUUCUUAUGAUGCGCCAUGUGAAACGCAUUUCAAAUAAAUUAUCUGCAAACAUAUUUUAUUCUUCAUUUAUAAUAAUAAAAAUAUUUGUUUAUAAAAUGAUGUGAUAUCUCAUGAAAUUGUAUGAAAUUUGAUUUAAAAGCAAGCUAACGAAUUUUAUUUUUUAAAUCAUAAAUUUCAGAAACACCCCGCUUAUACUAAGUUAUACUAGCGCAUCAUAAAAGAUGGGCGACACGAAGGACGGUCCUUUGAAAGACCCUUUCGUGCAAUCGGCCCAUGGCUGCUGAGCUAGCUAUAUCUAAAUUGCUGCACGAUCGAGCUUACUUCAGAAAAGAAGACGGAGAUCAGUCUUCACAAUCAUGUUUGAGAUUUUGACCAAAAUGAGACCACUUCUUUCAUCUGCUUGCCGGUUGUGUCACCACCAUUCUCCAGUCCAAGGAACAUCUUUCUUUGGAUCAAUAGCCAGCUCAAUACAGGGCUCUAUAUUCCAGCCCACCCUUCAAACAGUGCGAAGCAUCACCAUCAAUCAGCUCCAUAGAAGAGGACCGCUGCGCAAGAAACCCAACCCCAAUAAGACAUUUGCAAUGGACAUGCGUCCCCAAAUGAAGGGGGUGGUACUGAAGACCUUGAUUCGUAAGCCUAAGAAACCCAAUUCAGCCAACAGGAAGUGCGCCAAGGUGAGGCUAAGCAAUGGUCGAGAGGUAGUGGCCUUUAUCCCGGGAGAAGGCCAUAAUCUUCAAGAACAUAACAUUGUCUUGGUGGAAGGUGGCAGGACGCAAGACUUGCCUGGUGUCAAACAUACCGUCAUCAGGGGGAAAUAUGACUGUGGACAUGUCGUCAAGAGGAAAUGAACUCUGGAUUCAUUGUAAAACAAUGUUUCGCACCAUGUGUUGAAUGUUGGAUCAAGUUUUAGCUUCAGCAGAAAGAUCAGCAGUAAUAUAUCGGGUACAUCUUGACAGUUCCUAGGCCUGCAGUGAAGGUUAUUUCAUACAUUGUGUUCUUAUUAUCCUUAACAUCGAAUGCAGUGUGUAUUGGGUCUUCCAACCUUGAAAAUGGAAACAUCAAUUUAUUCAAGAUGAGACUCAAUUUAGAAUUAUUAAUGUAUGAGAAGUUAUGUGAGGGGUUUAUGUUGAUUUCUCAUAAAUUGCAAUGUCAUCUGUCACAUGUUUUUAUUGAUCUAUCAAUUAAAAACCUGAAAUAUCUAUAAUAAUGAUAAUAAAAGAAUAAAGGUGUUAUUUUAUAAAGCGCGCACACUGUCGAAGACGCUCGUGGUGCUAGCCCAGCAACACCUCCUUCAGGUGCCCGAAACAUUUUUAUUACUGAUUUUUUUUUUUUUUUUUUUUCCUUAGCUAGUUUCAUGUGUGAAACUCUUUUUUUAAUAAGAGGGCGGGGGGGGGGGGGGGUCGAAACAUACAUAAUUAAAACAAUUGUCUGCUUGCUGCCAUUUAUCGUAUAGCUACCAGCCUACCAAUACUACAUGAAAGUUAAAAUCUGAAAGUGGUUGUAUUAAAAAAAAAAAAUUCACUAAUACGUAAAAAAAUGAAUCAGCUUCAACUCAGAAUACAUUUAAUAAAAAUAGGGAAAGAUGACCUGUUCUUGAAUAAUCUGAAGAAAAGAACCAUUUACAGUUAAUACAUAUACAAAUACAUGACUUACGAAUCUUUGCAAGUUCAGGACCCUUCCCCACUUUCAAAGGCAUUAUGCAAUUACAGACCUGGAUUCAUAUUCCAUCAAUCUGGUAUGGACCAUUUGACUCUAAAAAGCGGGGCGGCCUUAGUACCCCCUGCUCUGUGGCCCCCAUUACAGAAGGCAUCGUGAACCUUUUUUUUUUCUUAAUCAAUGGCGAUUUGAUGAACGUUCAUACAUGUAGAGGUCAUUACGUGCUCAGGAUGAUAUCUUAUUCUGUCUGUUAUUUUUUUCUUUUGUUUGUCUAGAAGUGUUUUACACAAAAUAAUUUCUUGAAAUGGUGAUGACCUCUAAUUGUCAGGCACUUCACUGUACAGUGAAGGAAAGCAAGGAUUCAUACAAGUCUCAAUCUGUCUCAAUCAGUGUUGAUAUUGUACAAGGUUUGUAAUAAUUAGUUUUACCCAAGCUUAUCUGAGAUUAUGCUGAACCACAAAAUAGCAUGAAAAUAUUCUUGGGCAUCAGUGCAGAGGGUUAAUUUCGUUUUUUUUUUUUUGGGGGGGGGGGUGGUGGCAUCUAUUGUUGCAUCCCACCCCCCGCCAAGGAAAAUACAUGGUCUCAAACUGCUUUGUAAUAAUCUGUAAAUUUAUGUUUAAAAAUUCCUAUAUUUCAUUGUAAACAAGUGAAAAGGAACAAAAUAUAAAUACAAAUAUACCACA